GUCACGGUUUACUGGGACACUUGAAUUAUAGUAUUUUAACUUUUUUUCCCCUAGUAUAAUAAGUCAAUCUUUCUGACUUGAAAAGCAACUUCAAACUUAAACUUAGAUGUGUGCUUUGACAUUAUUAAUUGAGAUGCAUCCUUUAAGCAUUUCCAUCUAAAGCAAUGUCAGUGUAGCAGCAGGAGAGAUGUUAUUUUAAAUUCAAUUAAAACUAGAUUUAAUUUCUGACUAACUUCCCGAUAAAUGGCUAACAUUUCCAUGAGUUUAUGUGGGCAUGCACUUAUUUGAUCUAUUAGAGAGAUUUAUGUUUUGUAUGUGUGGCAUAUCUGUAGUGUCACUCACAAAGGUCAUCAUGGAAUUUAAAAAGGGGAAGUUGACGUGCCGUUAAAGGUCUGCGUGUUUUCUGCAGCAUCAGUUCAGCAGCAUUGUGUCUGUCGUCCUCCAACCUCACCACCAUGAGCCGUCUGCUGCUGGGAGCCGUGCUGCUGGGGCACCUGGGAGUCUGCAGCGCCGCUCAGGCUCCAGAGAUGCUCUCCAAACCCACCGAGGUGAGGUUCGACUCUGUGGACUACAGACACGUUCUGCACUGGACUCCGCCCGGCAACAGCAGCUCUCUGCAGUACUCCGUCCAGUGGAAGAUUUAUGGCGAGCUUGAUUGGUUGGACGUUGACAGCUGUCAGAGGAUCCAGAAGCCUCAGUGUGACCUCAGCGCCCUGACCUCUGACCUCAGAGAGUGGUAUUACGCCAGAGUGCACGCCUCCUCUCCGCCCGCCAGCAAAUCAGCCUGGACGCUCUCCCCGAGGUUCAGCCCGCGGUCGGACACCAAAAUCAGCUCUCCUUUAUUGAGGCUGAACCGCACGGUGAAAGGCAUUGUGGUCCGUGUGAAGCCCCCCAGGCUGCUCGUCAGGAAGAUGCACAACAGCCUGCAAUACAAGAUCUACCUCAUGCACAGCAGUGGAGAAGAGACGGUGUUUGAUAUGGACUGCUGCUCCAAAAAGCUGACUCUGAAAGAUCUGAAGCACAAAACCAAAUACUGCCUCCAAGCCCAGACCCUGAUCCCCGCGCACGCCAAGAGCAGCACUCGGAGCGCCGUGAAGUGUGUCACCACCCUCUGAACACACAGAAUACCAACGUGACACUGAAUGACUUUUCAUCCAUCAGUUCAGCUUCAAUCCUCCAUCACUACCUCCAACGCUGCUGCCAUAAAUACCUGCCAAUAAAAGAUGGGCUCUAUUCCUGAAAGCAUUAUUGAUCCGGCAUGUUGAAGUGCAUAGGACUUGAAUGAUGUCAGCCUCUGCCUUAAAGCCUCUGCUUUAAAUAAAUGUUGUUUGUAGAAAUGAAUUAGAAAUAAUAGUAUGACGAAAUAUUCUAACUCAAGUUACACUCACCAGCUUUUCAGUGAGAUCACGCUAGUCAGUGGACCCUUAGUUAGGAAUAUUUCGUUUUUACCUUGUUUUAUUUUUGAUGUAGCACAGUUUAUCUUUCAAUAAGGACACACUACAACACACUUGACGUCAGGGCACCCGUGAGUUAAAGGUGAAAACUAAUAUGUAGCCGUUUAGUGUUGUUUUCGCUUGUUUUCUGUGAAUGGAAAACAUAUUGGUUACAUUACAGUUCCAUGUAUUCAGUUAUAGGAAAUAUGUAGUUUUCAUAAGUGACCACACAGUCUAAUUCACACAUGGAAAUCAAUCUAGCCAUCUUAACAUUUCUUUAAAGUGGAAAAAUAUUGUGCAAAAUGAUCACUGUAGCAUUACCUUGAAGCCAUGACACUAUACAGAUGCAAUACUUUGAAAAUGUAACCUGUUUUUUUUUGUAUGUCAUGUUAUAAAUAAAGCCAAAGACACUGUU